UCCCGAACUGAACGCACGUGUCCAUCGCUUACACACAGCUCCAUUUUUUAAAUUCGAGUUUUUUUUUUUGUUUGUUGAUCCCGUUACACUUCGAUCCUCCUCCUCCUCCUCUCAGUUGUUUGAUUGCUGUUGGCUGGGGUACUGGUCAGUGCGCCAAAGCCAAUUGGUUUUCACUUUCAGUGAUUCCUCAUUGAUCGGUGGACGUACUGGUCCGUCAGUCCGCGCGUUAUACAAACAACAUUUGAACACAAGUGCGCUGUCUUCGUAUCAUUUAAAACGUGAACGGUGCACAGCUGACACGAUUGUUUCUCCUUUCUCGAAAUUGGGUGCGUGAUUGAUUUGGAUAUUCAACGAUCGGUUCGUUUAAAUCACUGACCCUCUCGUGCAGUGCCAGGGCCUCUUCAAUUAUCUCCCAUCGAGCUCCGUGACCCGAACAAACUCGCUUUUAUCGAAGAUCGUCCGAGCGGCUGUUCCAUCCAGUUAACGAUUCACUUCCUAUACACCUUCGACAAGGGCAAGAUUGCCUUGAGGAUGAUCUGCUUAAGCCAAUCGGAUUGAAUUACUUUCGAUUCAAUCGCACAUUGCGUUUCACACGUCCAUUUCUGAAUGAACCCGCAACCGCUGAUACCUUCACUAACCGCUGAUCAUCACCGUAGUCGUGCCGAAUCCGUUCGUUCCAGUCAAUCGCAAGAUCCAGCCGGCAUAGCCGCAUCUGUCUCCGCCGCCGCCGCCGCUUACUAUCAGCAUUGUUGGGACGUCUUGAUGAAGGCCGAUAGUCUCCAUCAUCAUCAUCAUCAUCCCUCUUCGGACGGUCGAUCGCCGUCACCACUGCCAGCCAUGGAUCACCGCCAUCACCACCGAUUGCCGCACCCAGCGCCGCAGCCACCUCCGCCGUCCUGGAUGACCGCGAUGGCCGCCAGCACCAUUCCGUGGCCUUUCAUUCCGCAGGUGGCGGAUAGCGCUGCUGUGGCAACUGCUACCCAACAACUUCAGAUGGCCAACAUGUACGCUUCCAUCUUCAGCAGGCUGCAGCAACAGCAGCAGCAAUUGGCGGCUGGACAUCAUUCAAAUUCGAGUGGCGGUGGAGAAAUGUCGCCGAAACAAGCGUCCGUCUACCCUGGCCCUCACAGUGGGGAUUCGAGCGUAGGCCAGGCCGUCCCGCGUCUGCUGCGCCAGUUGACUGUUCAAAUCAAACCGGGUCGUCAUCACGAAGAAGAGGAGGAGGAAGAAGAUGAACACGAACAAGAUCAAAGGGAUCCUUUUGAUCUUUCUUCACGCCGGCCGCAUUCGCCGGCGGAAGAAUCCGGUGCUCCGCUCGAUUUGAGAAUUGAUGGCAAGAAGGAUCGCUCCAGUGAUAACUCGCCGGCUGGUCAGGAUUCGCCUUGCCCUCCGCUGAUUAUUCAAAAUAGGAGCCCAGCUACGUCUCCCGUUCGUGCCUCUUCGUCCAGCGCUUCUUAUUCUUCGGCUCCAGCUUCUCCGCUUCCACCGAGUUCAUCAUCCGGACGAGCUACGUCGUCUCCGUUGCUCUGCCCAUCUUCACUUCAUCCGGCCAUGUUGGAAGCCAUGUACCGCUCCAUGGAGAAAAUGCCGCGUCUGACUACCGUUUUCCCGGGAGGACCGUACCCACCGUCGCAGCCGCAUCAUCAGAGACCCUGUCCGCCGCUCAUCCAUCCGGCCACUGGACUCGUCUCUCACCAUCACCAUCAUCAGCCAUCGGGCAGCGGCAGUAGCUAUCAGCGGCUGGGCAAACAGGAGUCGACAUCGUCCAAUAAGACGAGCGCAUCGAGUGCCGGCGCCAAUAAAUCGCGCGACCGCUAUUCGUGCAAGUUCUGCGGCAAGGUGUUCCCUCGCUCGGCCAACUUGACCCGCCAUUUGAGGACGCACACGGGCGAGCAACCUUACAAGUGCAAGUACUGCGACCGCUCCUUCUCCAUCUCGUCCAAUUUGCAGAGACAUGUUCGCAACAUUCACAACAAGGAGAAACCCUUCAGGUGUCCGCUGUGCGACCGCUGUUUUGGACAACAAACCAAUUUGGACCGCCAUUUGAAGAAGCACGAAUCGGACGGGCCGACCAUUCUGGACGAGGACCGUAAGCGGAGUCGUGCGGCCGGAAUGGCGGCAGCCGCGGCCAGGCCAUCUGGCGUUCAUCUUUUGAGACCCCCUACAACCGGAUUCUAUUAUGCUGAUUUGGCCGCCGUCGCUGCCCAACAUCAUCAUCAACAGCAGCAACAUCGUCGGGCAGCCAUCCCUGAAUUGCAUCACAACAUUUCACCGAUCCUCAACAGCCGUUUGGGCAUGAUGGGAGGAGGCCAAUCUCCCAUCCGUUCGCCAGCUCAAUCGCCAUCGGGUAGCAGUUCGUCGGAUCACGAUGACGCACCCAUCAAUAAGAAAGCCAGACAUCUCGAAAUCGAGGAGGAUGACGAAGAAGAAAGCGCGAUUGAAUCGAGCCCAGAAGAAAUUGAAGAAGACGACGAUCUCGCUAAUUCGAAAACGAUUGCUGACGAAGAAUUGCAAGAGAAUUCGAUCAAAGAUGAGGCAGACGCAGCAAGCGAAGCUGGGAGCCACAGCAGCAGCGGCGUGAGCAACGCCAGCGCACACAGCAGCCAAGGCAACGCCGGCGUCUUGUCGUGCGAGGUGACCAUUCACACGGACAACAAGUCGCCAACUUUAUCGCCCAAUCCCGCUGCUAUUAUUGUUGUCACUCCGUCCAGUUGAAUAUGCCGAUUAAGGUGUUGACGAUGACUGUUUUCUCAUUUAUAUAGAAGUCACCAGAUACAGAUAGAUAGUCUUGAAUAGGGUGAUUACGCAAAUCAUCCGCCUCUUUCGUUUAUCUUUUUACACCAUUUCCCUCUUCUUCUUUUUUUUUUCUUUUUUUCUUUUCAUUUUGUUGGCGUGGUUUUCUUUUUCAAUUCUUUUCUUCUAGUGAGUUAGUUAACAAUUUAUCGUCCAGUUUUCGCGUCCCAUCACGGACGUACACGCCCAGGAAGAUUUAUUUGACACGUUCAUGAUGAUCACCCAUAAAACAUACGUGAAACACGAUUUGUUCCUAUUUGGUUAGCAAAGCACAGGUGCACCAUUUGAUUUUGAGCACUAUUCGUCCUAGUUGGACACUUCAUUCGGCGACACGUGCACGGAUCAUCGCCCAAAUUACGCAACGGCCGCAGCCAAUGUACUGAACGAAAUCUGAUUGAAAUUUUUUAGUUCAAAAGAAAAAAAAAAGAAAA